ACAAAGUAAACUGAUAGGAGACUGGUUCUAAAGUUCAGUGUUUUAUAUUUAUGGUCAAUUUACACAGAUGACUUGUUAUAAUUACUAAACCUUAGUGGUAAAUCAAUUUAACAGCUAAAGUAUUCUGACCAAUUCAUAAAUAAUUUUUGUUAAAAAAUGAGUAGCAAAUUGUCGUUGCAAGAAGUGUACACUGCGUACAAGCGAUGGGUGAUCAGCAAUCCGAGCGUGGUGACAGACGUCGAGACCGUUGCUACAUGGACGUCGUAUUUCGUGGCCGGUAAAAUAAACAAAUCCCCAAUUAUAUCUGAAAUGAUAUACUGCAUGUCAAAGCUGUUAUCAUUGUAUAAUGAUAGGCUUAUUCGAGACGCUUACGGUGCCGAAACUUCAUCUUAUGGACUUCGUGAACAGAUUAAAAUAUGGCUCACUAUCAUUCACUAUAGUGAAGUGUUUGUAGAACUCAUUGCCAAAGACAGAUGGGGACAACGAGGCAAGUGGACCGUUGCAGCUUUGUUGCAGCUCUUCAAAGCAUCGUCCGGAUUAAUUCUUCUGUAUCGAUUCAAAGAACUUCCCAUAUCACACCCCCCUGUUGCUUUCUUACAAAGAAAGAAGUAUACUGAAGGCCGAGAUGUUGAAGAGCAUGAGAAUUCAUUUUUUAAGCUUCGCAGGUCUGGCCGUGUUAUGAGACGUGUUGAUGGAGCACCUCCAAUUGCUUUUCGAGAUUGGACGCCAGUGAAAAUAAAAGAUGAUAGACCUGUACCUGGCAUUGAGGUUAAGGACUUAUUGUAUGCUGAGUCAUUACAUGUUUUGAAGCCAUUACUUCAUCUUGCUGCAAUGAGGUUCUUUGGAAAUAAAGCCUGGAAGCAGUGGUUUGUGGCUCUCAGUAUUGAUAUUGCCAGUCUCAAAGUAUACAAUAGGUAUAUGAAAGAGUUAUCAUAUGAACAAAGGCUGGAAAUAAGUCGAAGAAAAUUAGGCUUAGUCCUAUAUUUAUUACGCAGUCCCAUGUACAAUAAAUAUUCUAACACUGUAAUAGAAAAUGUUCUUAAUUCUGCUUCAAAGAAAAUACCUAUGAUGUCAUUGAUCUGUGGCCCAAUAAUCCAAUACUUAAAUCACUGGCAAGACAUUUACUUCUAUAUGUGGGCAUCAUAAGUAAAUAAUUAAUUAAUUAAUACAAAUCAGUAUGUUUCAUCAAUAAGAUUUCAAACUAAAAGUCUACUAUAGAUUUGUAAAUUAUAAUUUAAUGGAAAAAUUAUGAUUAAUAUUAAAUCAUUACAGAAUGUUACUGUUAUCUUUAAGGUAUAAAUCUAAUCCAGAUGGUCUGUAAAACUCAAACACAACAGUUUGUAAUAAUUAUAUACUACCUAAUGUUUAAUUUCACAUGCAAAUGGGAGUAAAUAUUCAAAUGUUUGCUCUUCGCUGGGACAAUUUUGUGUUAUAUAUACAUAUAUGCUUCAUAAACUGUAAAUAAUACAGCUUAUGUACAUUUUUUCUUAUUGUUCUUUAAAAAAGAAUUUGGACAGAAAGUAUUUAUGAUCAAUAGUGGUUCUUGUAAUUUUGCUGGCAAUCUGAUCCACAAAGAGACAAAAAAAAAUUGGUAAUACAUUAUCAGAAAACUUAAAUGUGAUAUUUUGCAAAUAUCUUUAUUGUCAAACGAGCAUCUCUAGAACAGUUUUGUUUUUUAUUGUAUAAGAGAUAUCAAGGUGGAAGAUUAAAAUCAUUCCUUAGUAUUUUGUAGACUGUAUGUGUAACUGACAUUAACUAUUAAUAUUACCUUCAAAAUGAUUUCAAUAUUUGAGACAAUGGUAGUGUGUUUCAUAUAGGUGUUGGAUACUGUAUUAUUUUUAUCUACUUUUUAUAUCUAUGAAUAGAUUUAAUUAUUCAUUGACCGGAACAUUUGAGUUUGUGAAUGGAUAAAUAUAAUGAUGGCAAAAACUAAUCUAACUGAUGUGGUCUAGAAAGAAGAAAACAAUAAAAUUUUUCAAUAUAAGUGAAUCCAUAAUGUCGAAUUCUUUACAGAAACUGAAAUAAUAAAACAAUCUUGUAGUAGUAGUAAAUUUAAUUAAAGAGAUACGAAGAGAAUACAAGCACAUUGUAAUAUGUCAAGACAUAAGAAUGAUUCAGAUUUUAAUCUAAAUAUGUGGGUAAUAAGAAACUUUAUCUGUUUGUAAAAUCUGUGUCUAUUAAUGAAACAUUUUGCAUUAUGAAUUGAUAUGUCAAUAAUCGAGUAAGAGAACAAGGCUAUGAUGUCUCAAGCAAUGAAUUGAGAUAUGAACUAAAAUAUCGCAGCACAGAUCUCUGUCUAAUAAAUGACAUUGCAGGACAAAGACAGUCAACGAGCUGCAUCUAAAGAAUCGUGAUUCUUAGGUACUUAUGAAGCUAUGAAGGAAUGAUUGAGGCAGAGUGUCAACCAUAAACAAAGUAGAUUUCAGUUGUACAGUUCGUUUAUUGAUUUACUUUUUGUCAAGACACGUUGUCACCACGUGUAAGUGGCCCACACACUAGUCUGGUUACUGUAGUCCGUAGACCCGGAAAUGUGUAUACCGCUACUCCCUUGGAGAUAUUUGGAUGCGCAGGCGCAGAAAUAAGUAGAACGGCGAAAUCAACCCGGGCGAGCUCGCAAGACUCCUUACAAUCGGUGUGCUUAGUGUGAGUUUUUUAACGUUCUCGAUAGCGUAAAAGUUACCUGAAAUUUGUAUGCAGCCGGAACAGUGCUCCUAGCGGCAAACAUAGGCAAACGUUCCAACUCCCUACAAAUUUGACUUUUACGCUAUCGUGAACGUUAAAAAAACUCGCACUAAGCACAUAGUAAAACUGAACUAUAUCGUAUAUUGCAAUGUGCGUAUUCGUAAUAAGGCACAAUUUGGCCAUACCUACUGUCGUAGACUAAAGAUGUGUUGCUUUUAAUGACCCUCAUGGUAUACAUAUAGGUGGUCUUGUUGAAUAACUUAUUUGUUGCGUAUGCUGGUACUUGGGUUUGCGUAUUUGUAUAUUUGCUUUGAUGCCUAAAACAGAGAUGAGCUGAGAAGCAGUAGUUAAUGUUUAAUGGUAAAUAAUGCAAAUAACAGUCCUUUUUGGUUAACUGUAAAUAAUAAUUGCAACUGCAAGAGCUUUGGAAGGCCUUUUGCCUUUUAAAUUUGUGUGGACGAAGCGUUUGUGAAUACAACAAAUAUCUGACCUUGUACCUACUGGCAGAUGCUACGCCAAGUGAAGUGCCACCAUUGUACAUUUAUUUCCAUGAAUCUUAUAUAUUUUUUACUGUAUUGCAAAACAAUGACUCAAUAAAUGGAAUUAU